AUGGAGGAAGAUGUGGCCACGCCGACGGCCACCGCCUCCAACAUGUUCGACGAAAUGUCGCAAAGUGUUGAUGAUGAAGCUUUCAUGCAGGCAACAAAUGUGGCAAAUGAUGAUUACAUAUAUGAGUCACAAGAAUAUGAAACCCAAUAUGAUGAUGACAGUCUUGAUGUGGACGAUGAGGGCUUUAUUGUCAAGGGAAGAAGUGGAAAUUAUACCACCGCGGAGGAUGUGUUGAUAUGCACCGCUUGGAAGAAAAUCUCUCAAGAUGCAAGCGUUGGAAGCGACCAAACGAAAAUGAUUGCACAAGGAUUGUUUCGAGAGAGGAACAUGGAAGGCGAGAAGAAGAAAAGGAAAGGAAAAGCUUUCACUUUUCAUCAUUGCUACAAAGAGCUCAAGGAUGUGGAGAAGUGGAAAACUAGAGAGACUUUUGAAUCGUCGAAGAAGAAGAGUGUGUUGCUUGAGGAUGAAGAAGAUGUCGCCAUUGAGGAGACGAGCCCCACUCCUCACUCCGUGACAAAAUCUUAUAGGCCCGAUGGAAACAAGAAAGCGAAGGGAACCAAGGCCGGAGAAAAUGAUCUCAAGGAAGGAUUUGAUGCCAUUGUCAUGGCAAGGAAAGAGUAUGCCGAAGAGAAAAGAAUCUUGAAGCUCAAGGAAAUAGAGGAGAGGAGUGAGGCCGAGUGGCGAAGGGCGGCGGCCGAGGAGAAGAGGGCGGCAGCUGAGGAGAGGUUGGCCACGGCCGAGGAGAGGAAGGUGUACCUAGAGGAGAAUAAGGCCGCGGCCAACAAGAGGAAGAUGGUAGAAGAGAGGACACUCAAGUUUAUGUUUAUGGACACAUCAACUCUUGAUGCCAAGGCGAAGGCAUAUGUUGAACUUUGUCGCGAUGAAAUGCUCAUGAAGAAGCAAAUGCUCAUGAGGCAAAUGAUGAUGGGAGGAAGCAUGGGAGGUGCCAUGGGAGGAGGCAUGGGAGAUGCCAUGGGUGGUCCCAUGGGAGGUGCCAUGGGUGCUUACAUGAACAUGAUUGGAGGUUCCAUGAGUGGUGCAUUUGGCGGAAACAUGGGAGGUGGCUUCGGUGGCAACAUGCAAGGUGGCUUUGGCGGCAUGGGAGGUGGCUUUAGCGGCAUGGGAGGUGCUUUUAGCGGCAACAUCAUGGGUGGCUUGGGAGGUGGCUAUGGCGGCAACAUGAGUGGCGUUGGAGGUGGAUAUGGCGGCAACAUGGGACGCAAUGAAGAUGGUUCCGGUGGUGCUCACGACAACGAGAGUUCACCGCUUGUUGAGAACAUCGACAAAGACGGUGGUGGAGAUCAUGAUCGUACCACGGUUCACAACACCGGUGGUGUUGAUGACGCGCAUGAGUAA